UGUCCAUUUAGUGGUUGUUGGGCCUGUUGGGCCUGUUGGGCUCUCAUAAUCGCCAUCACAAGACCCACGUCACCAAAGCCCAACUUGUUAAAUAUUGAGCCCAAAAAUAUUUGUAAUUAAAAAAAUUAAAAUAGAAAUUUGAAAAAAAAAAAAUCUGAGAAAUAUAUUGAAGGAUGCAGCCAAAGAGCCGAUCCACCAAGAAAGGUGGAAAAUUUCAGUUAGAAACCGUUGGAAAGGGCAUUUCAUCUUCUUCAUUCAUCAGAGUAGCAUUCAUUGAGGCAAUGCCGGCCUUUGGAGUGGGAAAUUAGAGCAGAAGAAGAGUAGUAGACUGUCUGGAAGCACAGCGGAGGCUUUCAUGUGGAACUUGUCAGUUUGUGUAUUGAUUAUCAAGAUCGGAUUCAAAUCGAGCACAAAGGUCCAAACUUUCCUUUCUUCCUUGCAGUGGUGGAGUCUCCAUCUGUGAGAUUUGGAGUGCACUAGCUGUUAUAAGAAGCGUUGCGGUAGACAUGAAGACAAAAAUAAGGGGAAUGCACAAGGAAAAUGGGGAGGAAAAAGGUGAUGGUUUCCAGGAUUAGGGUUUGGUCGCUUUCUGAGCGGUACGCGUGACGGGUAAAGAUCGCUUUCGGCUCUGGCGCAUCGCACUUACGCAGCAGCAGUGCUCCACAUGGUUUGGCCCACACCGACUACUCCAAUCCAUCUUCUCCAGCCACAUGCUGAUUGGAAUGGAUUUUUGGAUUUUUGUUGUGCUAUGAUUAAGAACAUGGAGCGUUGAAGUGCUAAUGACGGAGGAAAUUAACAAGUUUAUUCACUUGGUGACUGCUUCUUCAAGCUCAGGAACAUGAGAGGGUGAGUGAUCGGUUCAGAUGGAUAUCUUUGCUUUCAAAACCUUAAAACAAUCUUCUGAAAACUUCUUGUUUCCCAGUUGAGGAUUUUGUGAAAGUAGUAUUCUCCUGAGAGAUCUGUGAAAGUAGCAAUGAAAGAAAUUGCAUCUGAAGAAGCCGUUUUGAGUUGAAAAAAUGGAUCCUGGGACUGGAGGGGCUCCAAAAUUUCUCAAGGGAAAUUCUUGGAAGGCCACCUUGGUUUUAGCGUACCAGAGCUUGGGUGUUGUUUAUGGAGACUUGAGCAUAUCUCCCUUAUAUGUCUUCAGAAGUACAUUUGCAGAGGAUAUCAAGCACUCAGAAACAAAUGAAGAAAUUUUUGGUGUCCUUUCCUUUGUAUUCUGGACUCUUACACUUGUUCCCCUUUUUAAGUAUGUCUUCAUAGUUCUUAGAGCCGACGACAAUGGCGAGGGGGGUACUUUUGCUUUGUAUUCUUUGAUUUGUCGACAUGCCAAUGUCAGCCUUCUGCCUAAUAGACAGGUUGCAGAUGAGGAACUCUCUACUUACAAGUAUGAAUGCUCUCCAGAAAUAGCGAACAGGUCAAGGAUCAAAGUUUGGCUUGAGAAGAACAAAAGGCUUCAUGUUGCCCUGCUGAUUGUUGUUAUGCUUGGUACCUGUAUGGUAAUUGGAGAUGGAAUCCUCACUCCUUCUAUAUCAGUUUUCUCUGCAGUUUCAGGGCUUGAGCUAUCAAUGUCGAAGGAGCAUCAUGAAUAUGCUGUGGUUCCCAUAACAUGUUUCAUAUUUGUAUGUUUAUUUGCACUUCAACACUUUGGAACUCAUCGGGUUGGAAUUCUCUUCGCGCCAAUUGUUCUAACCUGGCUAUUGUGCAUAAGUGGACUUGGGGUGUACAAUAUUGUUCACUGGAACCCACAUGUAUAUCAAGCACUUUCUCCAUACUACAUGUUUAAGUUCUUGAAAAAGACCAAAAAAGGUGGCUGGAUGUCUUUGGGAGGAAUUUUGCUUUGCAUGACAGGAUCAGAGGCAAUGUUUGCAGAUCUUGGCCAUUUCUCAUACACUGCAAUUCAGAUUGCUUUUACUUUCCUGGUAUAUCCCUCGUUGAUUUUGGCAUACAUGGGCCAAGCUGCUUUCUUGUCAAUGAAUCAUAAUCCUUACACCAAUCACCCAAUUGGAUUUUAUGCAUCAGUUCCAGAAUGUAUAAGAUGGCCUGUACUUGUGAUAGCAAUACUAGCUUCAGUAGUCGGGAGCCAAGCAAUUAUUAGUGGAACAUUUUCAAUCAUUAAUCAGAGUCAAUCUCUUGGAUGCUUUCCAAGAGUCAAAGUGAUUCACACAUCUGAAAAAAUUCAUGGGCAAAUCUAUAUACCUGAGAUCAAUUGGAUGCUUAUGAUCCUCUGUAUGGCUGUUGCUGUUGGAUUUCGAGACAUAAAGCGCAUGGGAAAUGCUUCUGGACUGGCAGUCAUCACAGUUAUGCUGGUGACCACAUGCCUCACUUCCCUAGUUAUGUUCCUUUGCUGGCAGAAGCCUCCAUGGGCAGCCCUCACAUUUCUACUCUUCUUUGGCUUCAUUGAGAUCCUUUAUUUCUCUGCCUCACUGAUCAAGUUCCUCGAGGGCGCCUGGCUUCCCAUCCUACUCGCUCUCUUUCUCAUGACAGUUAUGUUUGUUUGGCAUUAUGCCACAAUCAAGAAAUACGAGUAUGACCUAUAUAACAAGGUAUCCUUGGACUGGCUCCUCGCACUUGGCGACAAGCUUGGCAUUGUUCGUGUUCCUGGCAUUGGGCUUGUUUUCACCGAUAUCAUAUCUGGUGUGCCUGCACACUUCUCACGCUUCGUCACCAAUCUCCCAGCAUUCCACCACAUCCUAGUCUUUGUCUGUGUCAAAUCUGUUCCUGUCCCAUUUGUGCCUUCUUCUGAGAGAUUCCUCGUCGGACGUGUUGGGCCACCUAGUCAUCGUUCCUACAGAUGUAUUGUACGUUAUGGAUAUCGUGACGUUCACCAGGACAUUAACUCCUUUGAAUCUGAGCUCAUUGCAAGUUUAUCAGAUUUUAUACUACUCAAAGCGAGAACCAGUGUAGAAACAUCAAGCGAGUCGGCAAACACUACUUUCGAGAAUAGACUUACUGUCAUCGGAAGCAAUGAGCAUGUGCCCUAUCCUGGUUGUGGCACCCUACAAUCGAGCAAUAUUAAUGCAGCUGAGCUCGCCAGCAUGGAAGACACAAUAGAAUUAUUGGCACACGCAAGUGCAGGAAAGAAAGGUAAGUCGGCUUUGUCGGAGACUGCAAUUGAAGAGCUGGAGGAUCUACUGGCAGCACGUGAAUCCGGGUGUGCAUUUAUACUUGGGCAUUCGCACGUUCAAGUGAAGCCAGGGUCAUCGAUCAUGAAGAAGUUGGCAAUCAAUGUUGCUUACAACUUCUUGAAAAGAAAUUGCCGAGGACGGGAUGUCUCUCUGCGCCUCCCGCCUGCAUCCCUUCUCGAGGUUGGGAUGGUUUAUGUUCUGUGAUCUAGUUCAAGUGUAUAUCUUUACGAGUGAUAUGCUGUGAGGUUGCAGGAAAAACACUAACAGUGCUAAUAUAUAUGUUGUGUAUGAAACUGGAUAGUGUUCGAUGGAUC